CCCCCACCCCGUCUUGUUGUGACAGUUCCUGAUACUGUUUAUUGAGGUGCAUGUCAGGUAUAAUUAGCAAUCGAUAUGGAAAACGUUUCCUUGCACCCUGCACGCCUCUGACGUCAGACCCGAUUAGCGCUUCUUAUUGGUCCCAAAUUCCCCCGGCCGGUGCUAAUUAUCGGGAGCUUGAUGUUGAUAAAGUAAAGCGCUGGAGUCCGGGCGAAGCAUGUACUGGGCUCCAGGUCCCUAUCUCCUCCUCCUCCGCCGCCGUCUGCGCCUCCUCCUCCUCAGCUCCAGCUGCGCCCUGCCACCCCGGAGAUGAUGGACAGCCGCAUCCUGGAUCACCCCCAUGCCCAGUUCGGGGGCUCGCUGGGCGGCAUGGUGGGCUUUCCCUACCCCCUAGGCCACCACCACGUCUACGAGCUGGCGGGGCACCAGCUGCAAUCCGCGGCCGCUGCGGCUGCAGCGGCCGCCUCGGUUCCCUUCUCCAUAGAUGGAUUACUGAACGGUUCUUGUGCUGCCUCAGUAGUCAAUCCCACCCCAUUGCUGCCAUCGGGCUGCGGGGUGAGCGGGGACAGUCAGACCUUCAAGCUGUCAGACUCCGGAGACCCGGAUAAGGAGAGUCCAGGCUGUAAGCGGAGAAGAACCCGCACCAACUUCACAGGUUGGCAGCUUGAAGAGCUUGAGAAGGCCUUUAACGAGAGCCACUACCCAGACGUCUUCAUGCGGGAAGCGUUGGCUCUACGCCUGGACCUAGUGGAGUCCCGAGUUCAGGUCUGGUUCCAAAACCGCCGGGCCAAAUGGAGAAAGAAGGAGAAUACGAAGAAAGGGCCGGGGCGGCCGGCUCACAACUCUCACCCUACCACGUGCAGCGGGGAGCCCAUGGAUCCGGAGGAGAUAGCGCGAAAGGAGCUGGAGAAGAUGGAGAAGAAGAAACGCAAGCACGAGAAGAAACUGCUCAAGAGCCAGAGCCGCCACCUUCAUUCUCCUAGCAGCCUGUCCUUGCACAGUACGCCCAGCUCCGACAGUGAUAGCGGCGGCGGUGGCCUCUCUCCAGAGCCCCCAGAGCCACCCCCGGGUAAGGGCCCGCGGCCCACCCCCAGCGCUGCCAGCGAGCCCCCGGCCCCCGGCAGCUGCGACCCAUCCUUUUACUCGAGCCAAAGAAGCGGCGCCGGCCUGCAGCAGAGGCUAAGCCGGCUCCCGGAUAAGGACUCCUCUUCGUCCUCUUCAUCCUCCUCUUCCUCGUCGUCUUCUUCCUCCUCUUCGGACUGCGCUCCGGGUCGAGGCUCCUCCGGCUUCCCCAAGCCCAGCCCGUUCAGCGUAGAAAGCCUAUUGUCCGACUCACCCCCGCGUCGGAAACCGCCGGCCACUCUGGACUUUGCGCCGGGCCUGCCUUGUGCUCCGAGGACCCUCAUCGGCAAAGGACAUUUCCUACUCUAUCCGAUCACUCAACCCCUCGGCUUUCUCGUCCCUCAGGCGGCCCUUAAGACCGGGCCCGGCCCCGAACAGGCUCCUAAAGACGCCCCACCAGCUCCCCCGCCUCCCUCCUCUAACCCUGGUCAGGCCAGUUUCGGGCCAGCUUCGGGGCCUCAAGUUUACUCUGGCCCGGGCUCCACGAACUCUCCUUUUGCCAACUGUAGCCCAGACAGCAGCAGCGGGGGCGGUCCGGCGGGGACAGCCCUGACACCCGCUGCUUACAGCAGGGACUCGGCGGAGGGCGGCGGAGCUGGAGCGGGAUCUGGAGCGGGUUGCGGAGCAGAAGCAGGUGGGGGUGGGGGAGGCUUUCCCCAGUCGCCCUCUCCUGCACCGCUCCCUCGGGAGCCCAGUCCCUGCGGGGACACGGCGAACUGUAGCGCGACCGAGCCAGGAGGCCCUACGGAGCCUGGCGGUCCAGAUUGCGAAGAGCUUGAUAUGGACUGAGGGCUCAGCUGGGCCAGGCCGAGCCGGGCCGAAGGGGGAGCUGGAGCCCUUGCCCCGAAGCUGAGCAAAGGGCCCCACACCAGGCUCCCACACAACGAAUCAGGUGAUCGGUUCUAGAAACGGUUUUUUCCUUCGUUUCUUUCUUUUUUUUUUUUAACAAAAAAAGAAAAAGCAAAAAAAAGUCUGAAUUUCGACCUUAGCAGUAACAGCUGGACUUUGGGGUUCGAACCCUCAUCACAGAUCGAAAACGAGAGAGUGAGAAAGGAUAACAAAACAAAACAAAAACCCACAACGAGAAUCCUCAACCUUGUAAAAUGCAAAAAUGUCUAAAAAUAUUUAUAUAUGUAAAAUUUUUGAUAAAUAAAGCUGGUGAAAACGCAUAAAUUCUUCUAGUACCCCUUUUUUCCCCCUCUAGUCAUUUCUCUUAUUCACAUCUCAGUCCCGGCCACCUCACCCCCUGGUGCUGGGCAGGGUCAAGGGAUGGAGAAUGGCUAGGAGGGGGCGUCCAUGGGAGAAGCAUUCUCCCUUCUCUCUCUGAAAUACUGAGCACAAUUCUUCCUUUUUGUGAGUGUGUUUUCGUGUCUGUGAUUGAACAAAUUUAUUCAGUUAAAGCUCUCUCUUCCCUUCCCCUUACCCCUCCUCACCCCCAUCACACACUCACAGGCACACACACACACACACACACACACACACACACACACACACAGACGCGAGGUUAGGGAGCCGGGGGCUGUAGGACCGGGCCGGCUCCUGCAGAGUUUUGAUAUGAAAGUAAUUAUUUUCCGGUGGCUGCUGCGGGGACUCGGUUUCUUGCCCAAAGGGUUAUUAUACAUUACCGAUUUCUAGUGAUAUGAAAUCACAUAAACUUCCUACAAUAAUAGAAUUAGCAUGAAAGGCUGGGGUGUCAAAUUGAAAUUGGAAAAUAAUAGUGUAGGCAGCUGGGGGAGUGUGUGUGCAUAUUGGAGCGGAGAUGGGAAAUCGUGGGGCGGAAUUUUCAUGAGCUUUCUCUCUUUGUCAGCCCUCUUGUAGCUGGCUAUAUUAAGAUAGAUGCUCAAUGAUAUCCCUCAUUGUUCUGUCGCUUAUAUUGAUGUUGCUGCGUUAUCAGCCUAUUGAUCAUGUGUCGCCUGUAAUAGGACAGGCGCGGCAAACGCUCCUCUUUACAAAAGCAGAACACAUUUGUUCUAAUAGGGUUGGGGUCCCGGGGGGACCCUUUGGGGGCUUCAGGACAUCUGCAGCAAAGAAAUAUUAGCAAACUUGGCUGGAUCUAAAAUUCAACCCAGUCGCCCCCUUUCUCCUUCCUUGCAUCAAUACCCCUCCCCCUCCCCCUGUCUUCCUCACCCCAAAUUAAAACCAUCAUCCUCACUAUGAACAACAACAACAAACACACACACACACAUACACACACACACACACACACAAAUCCCAACCCACCCUCCUCAAUUUUCUUGGGCCUUCUGUACAGCAAAAGCCACCAAUUCCCUAAGAAAUUGGAAUCCCAAUUAUUAAAACCAUUAAUUCUGGCGAGGCUGUGCACAGUGGAAUUAUGUUUACAGCCUCGUUAAAUAUCCCUGAUCCCUCCUGGUCAUCAGGCCUUUAUUUGCAAAUAAAUUGAAAAUAAUCAGAAGGACAGCUUUCCUACUUGCGCGGGCGCAAAUGAAUUUCUGAGCCCGAGUCCCUUUAAUAAUAUUUACAUAAUUUUCGCUCAGUGACUCUGAUAUUUGCUCUCUAGGAGACCGAGCUUAUAGGAAAAAUAAUUAGAUCAAAAGAAAAAAGUGAGAGGGGGGGAAGGAGAGGGAGAGGGAGCGAAGAGCAGUGAAAAGAGAAGGUGGUGAUUGCACCCAAAGUCUGAGAAAUACCGGUUCCCAGUUUGGAACUGGGAGACUGGGGGUGUGGGUUGGGGAGGGAGAGGGGCUGAGGCUUAAGGGGAGGAUAAAGUAAACGAGUUUUAAAACCGCGUUAUAAUACACGCCUCUACUAGUCUUCCUGCUUCUUUCUCGCUGGCCGCCGAUUCUCCCCUUUAUCAUUUGAUUUCGAGCCCACUUCCCCCCUCACCAUACGACUUAUCUAUUCCAGUACAACCAGUGCAGGCUCCAGUUCUUUGUCUC